AGGCUGUUUGAAAAUGUUUCAGGAAGUGAAUAUCCGCUUUGACGCGGACGUAAACAAACGUUGCUUGACAAUCUAUUCACUGUUGUAACGACAGAGAGAUUGUACAGUAGUACAAUGUAUUUCUCUGCCGCCUAGAUCUAGAACGAUCUGAUAUCCGAUAACAGGACCUGCGUUUGGUUAGGAGCAUUUCUUGAGAAUAUCUCAACUCAACGAUGUCUACUUCAAAUUUUAAGAAUAAGUGUGUGACGCAAGUCAACUGUGUAUACUGUGACAGUCUGCUGUGUAUGAGGGGCAUGAAAGCAGUACUUUUGGCUGAUACGGAAAUAGAGUUAUUCUCAACCGACAUACCCCCAAAUAGGACUGUUGAUUUUGUGGCAAGCUGCUAUUCCACUGAAAGCUGCAAAUGCAAGUUAAGAGACAUUGCUUGCUUGAAAUGUGGGAAUGUUGUGGGAUAUCACGUGGUGGCCCCAUGCAAGCCCUGUUUGCUCUCCUGCAACAAUGGUCACUUCUGGAUGUUCAACAGUGAGGCUGUGUCCACCAUCAAUAGACUGGAUGCAACAGGGCAGAACCUUCUGCUGUGGGGUGAUCUUCCAGAACUGGAGGACAGCGACGAUGAGAGCCUGGAGAGUUUCUCAGAAGAAGAGUACCUCAGAUAGAAACGCACAUGGCCAAAGGAAGUAGACUCUGACGGUAGCGAACUACUUUGUUUCACUCGCACAGAUCUCCGUUUAAAGCACAUUGUCUUGUCUUUAGCUGACUGGGAAAAGGCAAACGUUCAAAAAGCUCUUUAUCAUAGCUUGAUUCAUAUGAAUUCUUUUGCUAUUUUCUUUUAGCAUCUUUUCAGAUCAAUUUAAGUAUUUCAAAGUGCCACUACCAAAGAAACAUGUUUCUGUUUUCUUUGAUUUAUGGACGGAGUAGCACAAAACGUGAUGACUGGACUUUAAGAUUUAUGAUGUUAGCCUUGUGUCUUUAUGCAGCAUUCACACAUUUUUCAGACUGUUCAAAAAGAUUAACAGCAGUAUUACUUGAUGUGUUAAUACUAGUUGUUUGUGGUGUUACUAUUGCAGAUUGUUGGGAGGCAACCAAAACUACCCAGA